AUCUUCUAAGGAGAGUCAUGGCAUACAACCAGGAGCCUCUAGACAAGACCCCUGUCAUCAAAUUCAACAGCCAGGACUUUAACUCCUUGCAGGAUUGUUGCCUAAGCAGAAGCCUACCAUUUGAGGAUGAGACAUUCCCUGCAGAGACUUCUUCCAUAGGUCUGAAGCUGCUCCAGGAAAAAAACCUCUCCAGCCUGAGGUGGAUGCGGCCAAAGCUUCCAAUGUUGCAAAAGAAAAAUCCAGUGCUAAUCUAUGCUCUUGGCUUUGUUGGCAACAUGUUCUUUCAAACUGCAAGUUUAGGAGAGUUCUGGCAGUGUGGCCAGUUGGUGGAAGUGGUGGUUGAUGAUCACCUACCUGUCCUGGAUAAGGAGUACCUCUUUGUGCAUCCUCACAACAACAACCAAGAGUUUUGGCCCUGCCUGCUGGAGAAAGCUUAUGCCAGGUUUCAUGGAUCCUAUGCCAACCUGCACUACGGCUUCCUUCCUGCUGCCCUGGUGGACCUCACGGGAGGGGCGGUCACCAGCAUCGACCUGCACUUUCCUUCUGACCUGGUGAUGAUGGUGAAGACAGCAGCCAAGGCAGGCUCCCUGAUGGCCUGUGCCACCCUGGCUGAGCCGACAGGUGAGGCCAGGAGAAUGGAGAACGGCCUGGUCAGUCAGCAUGCCUACACCGUGACUGGGGCCGAGCGGAUUCAGUACAGGAGGACUUGGGAAGACCUUAUCCGCCUGUGGAACCCCUGGGGCAACACCGAAUGGAGAGGACGCUGGAGUGAUGGGCCUCUGGAAUGGCAGAAAACCCACGGCCAACGAAAGGCAAACCUGUAUGAGAAUAAGGAAGACGGUGAGUUUUGGAUGUCAUGUCAAGAUUUCCAAGACAACUUCUCCUGCCUGUUUAUAUGUAACCAAUUUCGAGUCAGCCUAAACCAAGGAAACAUGCCUCAUGAAAUAUGGUCCCAAAUGAUGUUUAAGAACCAUGCAACUCCAGGGCGCCUGGAAGGACUUCCGAGGGACACGCAGUACAUCUUCUCUGUGCCAGAGGGCAUGGAAAGCAACAAUGGCGUCAUAUCCGUCAAUGUCAGGCUGCAAAAUUUAAAGGCAAAAGACAAAUUUCCACUAAGCUUCAAGGUGUUCAAGGUCGACCCUCAGAGCAACCUCACAAAGUACUUCAGUCUGAGCACUGGGACCUACGUGGUGGUCACCUCUGCCCACAGUGAAGCAGUUGGGUUUUUGCUCCGAACCUUCCUGAAAAUGCCAGAUGGUGACAGGAAUCUGGGCAGCAAUUUCAACCUUACAGCACCAAAGAUAGCUUCUUUCCUCAGAAAUUUGAUAUUGACUCUUUUCCCUUUGAUCCGGGCAAGUCUUCCGGAAAAUGGCUCCCAAGAAAGCAUCUUCCACAGAUAUGAUCAACAGGGACUGAACAUGGAUGCCACCCAGCUUCAGAGCCUUCUCAACCAGGAGCUCCUGAAAGGAACUCCAGGGGACACGUUCUCUUUGGAUGAGUGCCGGGGCAUCGUGGCUCUGAUGGAUCUGAAAGUGAACGGGUGGCUUGAUCAAGAGCAGUUUGCAAGGCUGUGGGGCCGGCUUGUCCGCUGCUAGAGUGUUUUCCAGAACACCCAGAAUCACUCUGGAGUUUUCCUGAGUUUGGAUUUGUGGAAGGCUAUAAAGGAUACAGACUUCCUUGCAGGGACCUCCAUCAGCAAUGAGCUGCUGGAUCUCAUGACCCUCCGGUACAGUGAAAACAGUGGCAGGGUCAGCUUCCCUAGCCUGGUCUGCCUCCUGUUGGGACUUGAAACCAUGGAGAGAAAGUAGACUUUCCGGAACCUCUCCAAGGAUGGAAAACGACUCUACCUGACAGAAAUGGAGUGGAUGAACCUGGUCAUGUACAACUGA